UCCCCCACAGUGACAUCGGGCUCUGUGUUUCCAAGGAACACAGUGCGCCAGCCUCUGAUUCAGUCUCCUCUUACCUGCAGGUGCUCUGGAAACUUCAAAAUGCGACUGGAAGAACUAAAAAGACUACAGAAUCCUUUAGAACAAGUUGAUGAUGGAAAAUACUUGCUUGAGAACCACCAGCUGGCCAUGGAUGUGGAGAAUAACAUUGACAACUAUCCCCUCAGCCUACAGCCCUUGGAAUCAAAGGUGAAAAUCAUUCAGCGAGCAUGGCGAGAGUACUUGCAGAGGCAGGACCCCCUGGAGAAGAGAAGCCCAUCCCCACCUUCUGUCUCUUCAGACAAGCUGAGCAGCUCUGUCAGCAUGAACACCUUCUCCGACAGCAGCACACCCGUGAGUGUCUCCUUGCCUCUUGCUUGGACUGGCUUGCACUGUAUAUUGAUAGCCCAGGCUCUGGUUCCAAGGAAAGAUCUUGAGGUGGUUUGUGAUGGUAUGUGUGUGGGGGGUGGGGGGUUGUGUUGUUUAUUUGCUACAUGGGAGCCCACAGUGAGGCUCUUGACGUCAUAA